AUGCGUAGUGUAGCCGCUCGUUGCCGUGUGCGCGGAUCUCCUCCAGGUCGCGGCGCGCCUCGCAAUGCGCCGCGCCCUGUGCGCGGAUCUCCAAAAGGGUGCGCGGCGGCUCUGUUCCUGAGGCGCCUCGAAAGCAGUCGCCUUGUGCGCGGACCUCCCCCAGCUCGGUGCGCGGCUCGCAAUGCCUCGCGGCGCCGUGUGCUCGCGUUGCGGCUCGUGGCGAUCGCCAUUGCAGCCGUGGUCCUAGGCCGCCCCAUCACCCCUUGCCCUCCAAUGCCCCUCUUCUGUUCUGCCCAGUUUGCGUCAAAAACCUUCACUGCAAACUAUCCUAUCGUGCCUGUGCCAUUACUUACUUUCCUCCUUGACCCCCCUGUGCUCCCCCCUGUGCUCCCCCCUGUGCUCCCCCCUGUGCUCCCCCCUGUGCUCCCCCCUGUGCUCCCCCCUGUGCUCCCCCCUGUGCUCCCCCCUGUGCUCCCCCCUGUGCUCCCUCUUUCCGUGUGCUCUCUUGGCCCACGUUGCCUGCAUGCUUCAACAGGGGGAGGGGGAGGAGGAACAAGUGGGGCGUUGGGGGGGAAGAGACAGCUGCAGUACCAGCAGCAGCGGCAGCAGCAAGAGCAGCAGCACAAGGAGCAAGGGUGGAUGGAUGGGUGGGAUGUGGAAGGGUGCUGCGUGGGAGACAUGGCAGCAGCUGGGAAGGACACGGCAGCCGCCAUUAUCCCAUGCAGUGAGUUUGUGUGUCCCUCAACCCACCGCUGCAGCAGUCAGUUAGUUUUUACCCAUUCCUCAGAAACCAACCAGUUGCAGCGCAAGGAGAUGAAGAACCCAUAUGCAUACUUCUCCUUUCCUUUCCUUCCUCCCAACUGUCCUGCACCGCACCUGUCGCAGUCCCCUCCCAGGCCGUGUCCCGCCUUGUGCCCACUCGCCCCGGCUGCCUCUACUCGCUCUCCUUCCUCUUCUCCUCUCACCCUCUGCAGCUCCUUGAGCAGCAGCGGCGGCAGACACAACAGCAGCAGCAGAAGCUUCAGAAAGGAGAAGCAGAGGCAUAUGCAGCAGCAGCAGCAGCAGCAGCAGCAGCAGCAGCAGCAGCAGCAGCAGCAGCAGCAGCAGCAGCAGCAGCAGCAGCAGCAGCAGCAGUAG